AUGGACGCUUCAACUUCAUCAUACCCUCGUUCUAUCUCUCUCUUCAUUUCUCCAUUCGCCCUCAUCUCCUGUUCAAAGUACAAGAUAUUUGUGCUCAAGAUUCCUAUAUUGACAAUUCCAUCCAAGAAAACUAGCUGCAAUUAUGAGCGAAUUGAGAUGAAUAUCUCCAAUACAAGAGAAUCGGAUGACGAAAAAAGCACAAACAACGGUAAGAAUAUUAUCCCAAACCCUAAUUUAACAACAUCUUCGUGGACAAAACUGAGAGAUCCAAGAAUCGUUCGAGUUUCACGAGCCUUUGGUGGGAAAGACAGACAUAGUAAAGUUUGCACAGUGAGAGGAUUAAGAGAUAGGCGAGUGAGGCUAUCUGUUCAAACUGCUAUUCAGUUAUAUGAUCUUCAAGAUCGCCUCGGACUUAAUCAACCCAGCAAGGUUGUUGAUUGGUUGCUCGAUGUUGCUAAGCAUGAAAUCGAUGAACUUCCUCCUCUACAAAUGCCAUCUGGGAACUUCGGUCAAAAUCUUCAAUCAAUGAUCAAUGUUGCUUCUCACUCCGAAAAUCUUGAAGGUGUUAGAACGAAUACUAAUGGUCUCAAUUGGGAGGAUUACUGGAAUCCCGAUAAAUCUAAGGAGAAUAAAGAUCAUUUCUUUGUUCAAUCGAGUACUCAAUCCUCAUCUCUACCAGUUUUGUGCAACAAUGUUGUGCCAAAUGGUUCUUUCUUGAAAUUGAAUCCUUCAAAUUUGUCAUUAUCACAGUUCGGAAGCUAUGGGUCAAUGGCACAUCAUCAAGAAAAUGCAAGUGAUAAUUUCAAUCAUAUCGCAUACCCACUUCCAUCUCAUGAUCAUAACGUGAGGUAUCAAUUUGAUCCAAAACAACUAACCUUUGAGAUGUUGAGCUCUUCGUCUUCAAGUUCACAUCAACAACCUUUGUCUUCUUCACCUCUAUAUACAAUAAACCAAGGGAUGGUUAGGCCUUUGCACUUGAGUAUGAACCCUAAGCUUUUUCCUUCUGAAGAAAAUGGACAUUCAUGAGCUCUCUUUAAAGUUCUUUUCUUUUACCCUCUUCACAUGUUGUGAAAAACAUUUGCAUGUGUGUACUUAGCUAAUAAGUCGAUGACUCCGUGUGGUGUAUUUUGCUGUUCAUUUUGUUAACUCUUUUCUAGCUAAAGAAUACCUCAAAAACGAAAUUAUAUAGGUUGCAGCUUGAACUUGUGAGUGUAAGAAUCUUGAUUUUUUUUUUCCCAUAUACUAUAUAUGGGGUUCGUUCGCCAUGUUAAUUCAGA